UGUUGGUGCGUGUGCGUGUUGUGUGUGUGGAGUGUUUUGUGUGUGGGUGUGUCUGUCUUCUGUGUUUCAACCUUUUCUUGUUUUUGCAGGUACAACUUUGAUUGUUUUGCUUGUAGUCAAUGUGUCUCAUGUGCAGCUGCUUUGUAACAAUGAAAAUUGUAAAAGCGCUAUAUAAAUAAAGUUGAGUUGAGUUGAUUCCAAGCCGAUCUUCUGUUGCCCAUGAUGCGGGCAAGAACGUCACAGCUAUCAGUACACUCAAAGCCGCAAGUAAACAUAAACGUGUGCGCGAACAGCCUGUCUUUCACGGCUCGUUUAUACUCGCAUGUGUGUCCACCGUACCGCGAGUCUCUGCUGACUGACGCUCAUCUCUCAUGUCCGCUGACUGCAUGCGCGUGCACACGCAUCAUGUACUGUACAGACAACAAGGUGCACUGUAGUUCAUCUCUCGCUGCUCCGUCUACAUGGGAUUAUUUUUGUGGCUGUUUCCGUGGAGGAGUGGACUGUGAAAGACUUCCUGUGUACACACAAAGCAAUGUGCUCCAUGAAUCAGCCCAGCAACUGGGGAAUGAAACAUGGAGCUUCAGCACUGGCCCGGAAUCCCCUUUGAUGGAUUUUAGCUUUAACGGAAGCUUGUGUGUGCCCAGCAACACUCCCAUGUGCACUCCGGUAAAGGCAACGCCAGCAGAUCAGUCACCCUUUUAUUAUGGACUUCAGGAGCAGCCAGACUUGUUUUCAAGCACUUUUGCCAGCUUCUCUUCAGGACUACAGCAAGACUUAAUGAAAACGAAUGAAGGCUCCACUUUAAUGAACACAUCCCGAGACGAGGCAGGUCACCUUAACCCUGCCUGGGUAAAAGGCGAUCAUAAACGAGUGUCUUGGAGCUCAUCGUCAGACUCUGACUCUGCUCCCACUUUACCUCGCUUCUUUAUCCGCACCAAAGAUGGUAAUGAGCCACCUCAAGACCAGCCUCAGUACUCCUACUCCUAUAUAUGCCAUAAACUAGAAAGACUGAGAGCAGAAGAGAACAAACAAGAAGAUCACAAUGAGAAAAUGGACAAAGAGGAUCAUCUUUCAGCCGUAGGUAUAGUUAAGGAUAAAGAGAUGGUGGGAACUCCAUCAUUUGUUCCUGAAGGACUGUUCCUCAGCCAGAGUAGACACGGUUGGUCACUGAUGCUGAGAAUUCCGGAGAAAAAGAACCGCAUGUCUUCUCGACAGUGGGGGCCGAUAUACCUGCAGCUACUGCCCGGAGCUCUCCUGCAGUUGUUCUAUGAGAAGGGCUUGGAGAAACCUUUCAAAGAAUUUCAGCUUAAUGCUAACUGCGGCCUCUCGGGUCCCAAAUUAGAGAGUUACAGUGAACCACGCAAGAUCGCCACACUGAAGGUUGAGCACGUGUCCUACGUCGAGAGGAAACGCUAUCACCCCAGGCAUGAGGUGAUACACGAAGCAGAAGUGGAGCAGCUUUUGAAGUUCGGCACCACUGAACUUGGUGACAUGAAGGACCUGCUGGUGUCCAUUGAGGAAGAGCUGAUGCGCUUACCGGCACCACACCAACACCACAGACACUACGAAGAGCAGGAGCUGACCUUGGAGAUAGCCGACCACAUCUGGAUACGACAGGAUAAGUACGGUGGCAUCGCAAAAUGUGUGGCCAUCACUCGAAUUCACUGCUUAGCUUUCUUGAAUGGUACCUUGGAGUGCUUCCUGGCACUAAACGACCUUGGACUUCUCAAACAAGCUCCCGCAUUUGGUUCCGAGGAGGACAGUGAGCCCUGGAUGGAGAUCGCAGACUACCAUUUUCAUCCGUGUGUGAGAAAAGCACACUUUGCGGAUACGCGGCUGAUAAAGUUCUGUCCUCCUGACGCUUGUCGCGUGGAGCUUCUGCGCUUCAGGACUGCAUCCCUUCACAGUGGGGAGUUGCCCCUGUCCGUUAAGGCUGUGGUGACUGUGCAGGGUGCCUGUGUUGAGCUGCAGGUCUUUAUGUUGAGUGUCCAGAGAACUCUGUGUGAAAACAUCACUCUUCAGAUUCGCUUUCCAGGUGACUGGGUGAAAGUGCCUACCAGCACGUCACUGCUGCGACAGAGGUCUCUCAAAGCUCGCAUGAACAGAAAUGCAUGCUUGGGCUCAGGGCACAUGGCAGAAUCUCAGUCUGUCAUGCGAGUGUCCAUCGGCACAGUAAAAUACGAGAAUGUGUACCGAGCCCUCGUGUGGAGAAUUGACAGGCUUCCUCAGAAGAAUGUUGACUGAUGCGUCGGACAGGAGACUGGGUGCAGUCCUGUCCCAGGAGAUGGGGGGGAGGACCGGCCGGUGCUGUACAUUAGCCGGAAGCUCUCGAAGAGGGAAGCAAAGUACAUCACCAUAGAGAAGGAGUGUUUGGCCAUCAGGUGGGCCGUCCUCACCCUCAGAUAUUAUCUCCUGGGGCGGGAAUUCACCCUCUGUUCGGAUCACGCUCCCCUCUUGUGGCUCCACCGCAUGAAGGAUACCAACGCGCGGAUCACUCGUUGGUAUAUUGCUUUGCAACCAUUCAAGUUCAAGGUGGUCCACAGGCCGGGUGCACAGAUGGCUGUGGCCGACUUCCUCUCCAGGCAGGGGGGGCUGCAGACCGGAUGGCUCCCCGGCCUUAGUCAGGCGGUGGGGGUAUGUGGCAAGGGGGGCAUGGUUCAGCGAGGACUGCAGAGAGAGUUGGAGAGAGUUGGGAGACGAGCGGUGAGUAAAUGGGGCGAGUGCAAAUGACGAACACCUGUGUCCUAUUCCAGUAACUGGAGUGGGGAAGCUUAAAAGCCAGCGCGGUAGCAGAGCUCGGCGAGAGAGACCUGGACUACUACUGGCAGCUGAGACGGACUCUGAGGGAGCAUCGAGAGAACUUUGAGAGAAUCUUCAGUUAUAAGACUAUGUGUGUGUUUAUUUGACUGUGUGUUGAAGCGCCAAUAGCGCAACGUCAUGUGAGACGGAAAAGGAUUACAAUUAAGUGCCAGUAGUAGUCAACCCGACCCAGGCCUCUUCCUUCCUACAUCUAGUGAACUUGUUACAAUGACUUAAUUUGGAAUUUUCCCAUGACGGCUCGUGACAGUUCAGUAUGAAUACGCGUACCGUUACACCCCUACCACAUACUGUAUUUUAUUCAUUCAUGUAUAGCAUUAUUAUUAUUUGAAGUAUAAUGUAUGUAAAGCUGCUAUGCAACAAUACAAAUAGUGAAAAACACUAUAUAAAUAAAAAAUAUAUUUAAUUUAAUAGCUGCUUGACAUAUUUUACCAGCCCAAACCUACACUUCGACAUCGACUGUCUGAGAGAGUUUCCAACCAAAUACGCAUGAACCACCAGAGUCCCUUUAAAAAGACAGGCAGGUGUGUUGGAGCGGGGUGGAACAUCCCUGGUUUAACACCAACUUGUACUACACACCUGCCUGUAAUUGUCAAGUGAUCCUGAAGAUCUUGAUCAGCUGUUUCAGCCAGUGUUUUUGUGAUUGGUCGGCUGGAUUCGCAUGUAUCAUCAUACGCAGAUCACAGAUCAGUUCUGCAAAUAAGCUCUGUAGACAUGUAAGAGUAUGUAAUUCAAUGUUUUCUCAUGUGACAGUUGACAGU